AUGGACUUCCACUUGCGCUGCAAUUCCUUGAAGUGUCGUUCUCCAUUGAAAGAGAGAGCGGUCGUUACUACUUGCUCUCAUAUAUUUUGUCUGAAAUGUGCAGACACCCUCGGCCUUUCACAUCCCACCACCAAUGAACGUCAUUGUCCGGCCUGCCACACCCUCCUCGUCAACCCUGACGACGCCGUCGCAACCGUCCUGAACCCCACGGAAGAUUACAAAACCAGCGUGCUCAGUGGUCUCGAUCCAAAUACCAUAAUGGAAUGUGCGGGGCGAGCCUUGCUUUUCUGGACAUAUCAGACCACGCAGGAGAUCGUCUACCAGGAAUUUCUCGCCAAAACGUUGACGGAUAAAUAUGCGACGAUAAACACUCACAUGGACAAAGUGAUUCACAAUGCCAAUACGGAGAUCUCAAGCUUACAGACAAGACUGUCUGACAUGCAGGCCUCUCAAGAGCAACUCCAGAAGAAAAACCAGGAGCUUGUCGAUUUAUAUCGCGAUAAGUGCAAGAAGCUCACACAGAUCACAAACCUCUACAACUUGUUAAAAUCCCGAGCUAUGAGAUCACAAAUGCAGACCGCUGCAUCCGACACUGUCUCCUCCGCGCUCAACACCAUGGGAAGAUCGGGAAAUAGACCUCCAGUGUCGGCACCCACUACUCUUCUAGCUGCAUCUGUUCCGCUCCAGACACCCGCGUCCUUCCCCCAGAAUACCUUUCCAGUCAACCAAGACGGGGUAGAGCAGAUACACCGACACCAGCGCAGUGGCACUGGGAGCUCAAAGAAGGCGAGGGCCGCCGUUGCUGCAAUGCCACCACCAGGAAGGCCUCUGGGGAUUACAAGAAAUCGGGACAUGCCAAAUGCCACUCCGCAGCAUCGGACUCGCUUAACGGGCCCAUCGCGUCCUUCAACGUCCACGUCACAUUUGCAGGAUAGCGUGCUGUUUGAGCGAUUUCGAGCUGAUCCCAAUGCUAAAAAGUCACCACCAAACCAGCAUGUUAUACCGGACAGAGGCCGGGCACGGGGGCAAUCUUUUGAUCAAGCGGGACCCGCGGGGACGAGGACAUUUUUUGACAGUUCAAUACGGUAG